AAAAUUCAUCGGAGAAUGAAAAAUGGGGGUCGGGGUUCGAAUCCGACCGUCACGUUGCCUUUUGCCAGCCGCACUAUCGUAGAGCAUUCCUCCGAAAACACUGUUUUUACCUGCCACCAUUUUGGCCCAUUGCGGGCCUUUGCGCUAUAGCGUCACGUUUGAAGAGAAGCGUUCGCAUUUUCAAACACAACCUCACCAUCGCUUCUAGAAACUUUAUCUUUCACCAAAUUGCACACGCGUCGAUUAAGGCAGCACAUGCCCAUCUUCCCACGAACACAUUGUUUGCAUGCGUGAUGUGUCCCAGGCAAUCGCAACCGAUUUUCACAUUCUCGCCCAAGUAGACACCUUGUUCCUUCCAUCGGGUUGAGUCACGAUCUUAUCUUUGGUUUGGGCAAUUUUACAAUUGUGAAGAUGAACAAGUACACGGUUACGAAGCAGAUUGGGGAUGGGUCUUUUGGGGUGGUGCUUAUGGCUGAGCACAGGGAGAAUGGAGAGCGGGUUGCGAUCAAGAAAAUGAAACAAAAGUACCACAACUGGGAAGACGCUGUGAAUCUCCGUGAAGUCAAGGCCCUCGUGAAAUUGAGCAAUCACCCAAAUAUUGUAAAACUGAAAGAGGUCCUUCGAGAAAACGAAGAGCUCUACUUUGUAUUCGAAUUUAUGGAUGGAAAUAUGUACCAACUGACGAAAAAUCGGGAUGGCAAAUUGUUUACCGAACAGGAAGUCAAGAUGUUCAUAUUUCAAGUUCUGUUGGGACUAGCACACAUGCACAAGCAUGGCUUCUUCCAUCGCGAUAUGAAGCCAGAAAACCUCCUUAUGUCUGGGAACAACGUCAAAAUUGCAGACUUUGGGCUGGCUAGAGAAAUUCGUAGUCGACCGCCCUACACCGAAUAUGUCAGUACCAGAUGGUACAGAGCUCCAGAAGUCAUUUUGCGAUCAACGUCAUAUUCUUCCCCCAUCGAUAUCUGGGCGGUUGGAUGUAUAUUAGCAGAGUUAUUCACCCUUCGACCCCUCUUUCCGGGGACAUCGGAGAUGGACCAAUUGUACAAAAUCAUUGAGGUGCUUGGAUGUCCAGACUCGGACACCGGUGGAAGCAGUGCCAGUCGAGGAGCAGGCGGGUACUAUUCUUCAUCUGCACCCCUCGUUCAGCGAGACUUUAUCAUGCCGGGUGGAGUAUGGCCAGAGGGUUUGCGACUGGCUGGAGCCAUGAAACUCCGGUUCCCGCAAAUGCCCUCCCAACCUCUAGCGCAACUGAUACCUAAUGCAUCCAAUGGCCCUUUGCAACUCAUGGCGGACAUGCUUCGAUACGAUCCCAACCAACGUCCUACAGCUCAAGAAUCCCUGCAGCAUCCUUGGUUUACCGACCUCUGGAGUACACCGCUCGGUGAGCGUGCCUUAUCUCUUCCUGCACUUGGACCUGCAUUGGAUUUGGUCGAAGAGCGGAAAGACGCGCAAGGGAAUGAACAGGAAUAUAGGAUGAGCGUGCAGGAGGACCUCGACAAAACUAAUGGAUCGGACGAACGUCGAACGAGUCUGCGGGGCGGACUUGAUCGAACUGCAUCCGUUGCCUCUUCCUUGGAUCUACUGUUAAUUGAGAGCGAAUUGGAAGCGUUGACAGGCGUGAGACGAGAAUCUAUAACGACGGCACUGAAGAGCGAACACAAUGGGAGUAAUGGUGACGUUAGUGCGCGACCUAUACAUGAUGAGCACAUUUCGCCUAAGGCGGAUUCGGGGAAAGAUUUUGCCUUCACUUUCGGGCGUGGUAGCGAAAUUCAUCAUGGUGGAGGUGAACGAUUUCUCAAUGGAGGUGCCACAGGCCCAUCACUUCUUUCUGCGGACACGGAACGGUGGGCGACACCUGUCAUUACGCCAUCAUCCAGAAAAGCAACUGGUACGCCCAAACCGUUUCCUUUCUCGGUUCCUGGUCCAGCCCGACGAAAAUCUUCGGCUGAGGAAGGUGGCGAUAAAGGUGCUCGCAAUAGUGCCGAAUCGGUACGACAACAGCACGCCUCGCCGUCAAAUAAAUAUCCAAAUGAGCAGAAUCGUCAAAAUAAACCAAGAUCUGCAGAACGAGAGUCUCUUGGAAGCAAAGGAGUAGUACUGGGAAAGCCAUAUCGGCCGCUACCAGGAAUUGGAGGGGGUUUACCUGAUAUUGACAUAUCUUCCUCUGGUGUACAUAUAGAUUCCCUGUUAGACGAACUGUCUCACGCGGAUGGAGAAGUGUCAGGGUGGGAACAAGAUGGACCAACCCUCGGACACGGACAUGCUUCUCCCUCACUACAUAGCAAGCCCCAACGACGCCCAGCAGCUGCAGCUGCUCAUCCUGAACGCUCUCCGCCACAUGGCCAACAGCAACCACAAUCGGUCCGCCGAUCUCGAUUACCCACCUUUGUCGAUCAACCCCAAAGAAAUCCCGAUCACGUUCAACGCCCUAAACCCCGUUUCUUUCCCGCACGACGACCUAACGAUUCAACGGAACACAUUUCCGAUCCUACAGAUGACGUAAAUGCACCUGAUGGAUCCUCCACAAGCCUUUAUGCUGGGUCGACCGACCGCGACUCGCCACCGCAUCAUGUAUAUGAAGAAGACCGUCAUUCAACGUACCGUAUCCCUUCGUAUGGGAACUUGGCGACCAGUCCAGGGUCCAAGCCAAGAAAUAGUGGGUUUCUAUCAGGGUUUUUUUCGCCGUCAAGGGAGAACCUCCAUGAAGGCAGGGAGAUGAAAAGGGUCUUGGGAGAUUUGCAGGUCCGAGGACAAAGCUUCAACCACCCACCCAACGCCUCCAACUCGAUCCUCCCACGGACCAAUACGCGUCUUCCCCACUAUGGCAUGCCGCCAAUAUUAACGAGCAAUUCCUUCCCCGGUCACUCGAUCCCGACAACAUUCAACCCUGCCAACCUCGCCAUCCCAGGCGGCCGACUCCGCUCCAAAAGUCAUAAUGUUGAUCCGCUCCUUGCCAGCGUCCAGCAACCCAGAGCCCACGAGUCACGUAUCAUCAACCACUCUAUGCGGGACGUCGUAGGCUCAAGUCGAACUCUCGCUACCCAUAACACUCUUGGAAGUGGCCGUAAAAGCGGAUUACAUUGGUCUGGGGCACGAUCCGGGAGUGUCGUCAAACAUGCUUCUAGUGGAACAAUCAUCAAUAAGAGUCCUACAGGGACCUUGCCACCAUUACAGGGGGGAAAGCGGGUUAGGAGGGGAUUGGAUUUGGGCUACGGGAGUGGUCGAUGAUAGGGCAAACAUCUUUCUUCUUUCGUACAUGCCUUUGUUUUUCUUGUUUAUUUUGUGAAAGAUUGUUUUCUUCUGAUUCUUGUAAUAUUUAUUUUCCUUUAACAAAAAGACCUGUGGGGAUCGUCGUUGUCGUCUGUCGUCGUC